AUGGCGGCGGGAACUAGCAUCGGUGGCGGCAGGCACUGCUCGAAAAGCGAUGUCAAUUCUGGCUUCCUGGGUCUGCGGCCGACUUCAGUGGACCCGGCGCUCAGGCGGCGGCGGCGAGGCCCAAGAAAUAAGAAGCGGGGCUGGAGGCGGCUCGCACAGGAGCCGCUGGGACUGGAGGUCGAUCAGUUCCUGGAGGACGUGCGGCUGCAGGAGCGCACGAGCGGUGGCUUGUUGUCAGAGGCCCCCGAUGAAAAGCUUUUCUUCGUGGACACUGGCUCCAAGGAGAAAGAGCUGAAGAAGAAGAGGACCAAAGUCCAGAAGAAGUCAUUGCUUCUCAAGAAACCCCUUCGGGUUGACCUCGUCCUUGAGAACACAUCCAAGAUCCCUGCCCCCAAAGACAUCCUUGCCCACCAGGUCCCCAACGCCAAGAAACUCAGGCGGAAGGAACAGCUAUGGGAGAAGCUGGUGAAACAGGGCGAGCUGCCCCGGGAGGUGCGCAGGGCACAGGCCCGGCUCCUCAGCCCUUCUACGGCCAAGCCCAAGACUGGGACCCAGGACACUGUUGAGCGACCCUUCUAUGACCUCUGGGCCCCGGACAACCCUCUGGACAUGCCAUUGGUUGGCCAGGAUGAGUUUUUCCUGGAGCAGACUAAGAGGAAAGGAGUGAAGCGGCCACCGCAUCUGCAUACCAAGCCCUCCCAGGCACCUGCUGUGGAGGUGACGCCUGCUGGGGCCUCCUACAACCCAUCCUUUGAAGACCACCAGACCUUGCUCAUGGCGGCCCAUGAGGUUGAGCUUCAGCGGCAGAAGGAGUCAGAAAAACUGGAGCGGCAGCUGGCCAUGCCCAUUGGGGAGCAGAUGGCCACCCAGGAGUCUGUGUUCCAGGAGAUGUGUGAAGGGCUUCUGGAGGAGUCGGAUGGGGAGGGGGAGCCUGGCCAGGGUGAGGGGCCUGAGGGCGAGGAGCCUGAGGCCGGAGGAGCCAAGGCAUCAUUGGCACCUGCCCGCCUGGCCCCUGCAGAGAAGAAAACAGAGCAGCAGCGGCGGCGGGAGAAGGCUGCCCGCAUGCUGCGGGCACAGCAGGCUGUGGUGCGGGCUGCCCGGCUGCGGCACCAGGAGCUCUUUAGGCUGCGUGGGAUCAAGGCCCAGGUAGCCCAGCGGCUGGCAGAGCUGGCGCGGCGGAAGUGGAAGAGGCAGGCACGGCGGCUGGCUGAGGCCAACAAGCCCCGUAGGCUGGGGCGGCUCAAGUAUCAGGCUCCCGACAUCGAUGUGCAGCUCAGCUCGGAGCUAUCUGACUCUCUAAGGACCCUGAAGCCUGAGGGCAACAUUCUCCGAGACCGGUUCAAGAGCUUCCAGAGGAGAAACAUGAUUGAGCCUCGGGAGAGAGCCAAGUUCAAGCGCAAGUACAAAGUGAAGCUUGUGGAGAAGAGGGCGUUCCGUGAGAUCCAGUGAGUGGGGCUCCCCAUCGCCUUCCAUGCCUAACUGGUCUGGCUGUGACAGAAACAGGGCUCUAACUCGCUUACACAAAAAGAAAGGAAUGGUCCUCCUUCCCCGUGGUGUCCUCAGGGUCCCAGGGCCCUUCCCAAGCCCGACAGCUGCGGUUAGUGGGUGAGCAGCACUCCCUCUGCCAGGCCCGGGAGAGGGCCAGCCCACCAGAGGCAGCUGAAUGCAGCAUGGGGGCGGGGAGUGUCCCCAAAGGGAAAUCGAAGGGCUAAAACCAGAAGGAGGGGUGUCAAGUUGGAAAGGACACAGGCACCCACCCCCUCAUCCAUCCUUAGCCCCUUUUCUUCUGUCCCCAGGCUAUAGCCACUGCUGGAUGCUGGAGCCCCUAACUUUCAAUAAAGCACCUUCUGACAGCUUA